AUGGUGUCGCACGUGAAGCAGGUCAGUAUGGAAGAAAACACUACAGCACAUCUUUCUCUGUCGUCGCGGAAGGACGAAUCCACUGGGAUGGGGUUUUUCACCUACCAGGAAACACUGCACCUUAUUGAAUGUGUUCGAAAGAAGCCAAAGCUCUGGCACCGUCAGUUCCUACGCAAACGGGCAUCAUCCUGCGUGACAGAAUGGAAUGACAUCCAGCAGCAUGAGUUUCCGAGUUAUACUGUUAACCAACUAAAGGUGCGCUGGAAAACGAUGCGUGAUUGCUUCCGGCGUGAAUUGAAACGUCUCGAGUCCGGCCAUCUUACCAAAAGCCGUUGGCCACUGUACGAGCACAUGAAAUUUCUGGAUGGACAGUUUCGGCUUAAGAGCAACGUACGGCACAAAGCUCCACCAGGAACAGUUUCGGCUAAGCGGCAUCUACCAUCAACUCCGUCGAAAGAAUCCAUGAAGGUGGAAGUAGCUGAAAACAUUUCGCCGGCAACCGGUGGAACACAGGCCAGCGAAAUGUUAGAUGAACAAAGUGGUAGAUUAAUCAUCGUCGAUGCGGAAGAUGCACCGGGUGGCGUUAGUGAGGUUACGUUCUGCAAUAAGUUUCGGUCGCGGAUACGCUCUGACCCGCUCACGGAAGGCGAAAACGAAGCAUGUAAUGAACGGGGCCAUAACACUACUGACAGUCAGUUUUUGAUGAGUUUGGUACCAUUUCUGAACAUUUUGCCAAUUGAUAAAAACUUGGAAAUUCGUCUCAAGAUGUUGCAGCUGCUAGCGAAUGCGACACAAAAUAUGAAUGCAGAGGAAAGGAAGUAUUAA